UUUUAGUGAAAUUUUGCCGGGAAUGGGGCUUUAAUAACAGCCUAUUAAAAAUGAUGUAGUAAUGUAGGUUUCGUGUUUGACCUGGUUGAACAAACGGUAUACUGCUAAGCUACCUUGUUCUAUUAUCCGCGGUCACACCUUAGGCGCUCCAUACACCGUGACCGAAAUACAUGACAAAAUACCGCGACCGAAAUGAUCGGCUAGACAAGAGGAAGCCUUGUGCCUUAGAUCAGUGCCUACCAUGUGAAUCAUCAUCAAUUAUGAGUGCAUGGAUGCUUACCUAUGGUACUUUUCAACAAUUUUGCGACCUACUCGGUGAAGUUGUGGAAGCAAAUACAACAGUCACAGACUUUUUCCUUCAACUUUCCCUUGAAGAUCCUCUGUCCUAUUCAGCUUUCUGCGGUGGCAUCGCACUAUCCAUAGUAAUUGCCUACUGUUUUUUCACAGACAAGAGUGGAGUGAAUACAGCAAGGCAACAUGAUUUGGAUGAUUCGGACAUGACCAUUUUUGACUUGGCUAAAACAUCUUAUGAAGAAAAUAAUGCUGACAUUGUUAUCAACUUGGUGAAAAAAAUGGAUUUUGAAGUUAACUCAACCUCACCUGAAACUGGCUUAAACCUACUUUUGAGUGCUUGUCUUAGUGGAAAUGUUAAGUUGAUCAAGUUUAUCUUACAGCAAGGUGGAAACAUAAGGAUGACAACACAUGAUGGUGACACUGCCCUCUAUCUUGCAGUAUUUUCUAUUUCUAAUUCAUCAUCCAGCUUUGAAGUCAUUGAUGUUCUAAUCCAAGAAGGUUGUGAUGUGAAUGCUGUCAAUUUCCUUGGAUACACAGUACUACACCAAGCUGCUUCUAAGGGUAACACCAAUCUCAUAAGAAAGCUACUUGACUAUGGUGCUAAUCCAAAGAUUGCAACCAAUGCUGGUAUAUAUCCUGUGAACCUGGCCUCUACUGCUGGAUUCAUGGAAGCUGCCUCAUUGCUGGAUAUAUCAGAUGAAGUGGCAGAAGAUGAGAACAUUGCUAAGACUCCCAUGAAGGUGAAAUUUGGAUUACUAAGUCCAGAAAAACAUUUACUAGUAAAAUCAUCAUUACCAAAGAGAAAGGAAAAUGCCAUUCUAGGACAUUUAGAUGCAAACAUUUGAAGACUGUGAUGGUUCUUUAAAUUACUCUUCUCUUAUUUAAAAUGUUAUUUAUUUUAAUGCAAUUCUUCAACACCACUUAUUGCACAUCACUUUCUCUUUGCUUGUUAUUUCUUAUUUAUGAGAACAAAGUAAAAAAAGGCAGUUUUUAAACAGUGUUGGUGUACUACUGUACUAUAAAUAUUAAGGCCCUUAUAAUUGACAUUUCUGGAUGUAACAGGUACUGUAUUGUCUCUAAUAAACGCCCCAGGGGCGUUGCAUUUUUUUUUUAAAGGGGGGGGGGCGUUUAUUAGAAGUGAAUUGUAAAAUCAAAAAGUACCUAAACAAGCUGCUUUAAAUGGUCAAUAAAUUCUUUAUUUGUAGACGAACAAGUUAAUGUGUAGGGUAUCUCCAGGCCUCCUGCUAUUUUGCUGUUCCUUUGUUUGUUGCUGGUUAUUUGAAAUCAAUAAUUCCUUGUGUUUCAAAAAGAAAUGAAAUAUCUUCGAGUUCUCUUGGGGUAAAUGUAUGACGAUGCAGCGCGGUGCUUCUCCUUUCACAACAGAAAUUGCGUGCUUGUCAAAAACAUUGUCGGCCUCAUGAACUAGCACCCCACACCACCGCACGCAAAACAUCUGCCCUCAACUUGAAGAAACAUUUUCACUACGGUAGACUUCAUUGACCAGACACCUUGAAU